GCGGGGCGGGCAGGUGGCCCCCGGUUGCCACACCCGCGAUUUGGCUCGGCUCCCUGGAGUCGAGCAAGCUGCUACUCCCUUGUGGUGUGAGGGCGGUGAUGUUUUUCAUCCCACCCACUUUUGAGUCCCCCCUCCCCCUUCGCGCACUCUCUAGCUCUCUCCACAACCUGCGAGCCCCAGACCUCGGAGGAGCGCCCCAGGGAGCUCGGAGGCUGUGCACGCGUGGAAGACAGAAGAGGCCAAUGGCCAGUGCGAAUACACCAAGCCCUGAAACUUUUGACUUACCUUUUGAAGUGGCCAAGAUGAGAAAAAAGUGGAAAAUGGGAGUCAUGAAAUACAACUUUUCUUUGUUGCUGUUCUUUCUUUUCCUAGAAGGAAGCAAAGCAGAGCAAAUAAAACAUUCAGAGACAUAUUGUGUGUUUCAAGAUAAGAAGUACAGAGUGGGUGAGAGAUGGCAUCCUUACCUGGAACCAUAUGGACUGGUUUACUGUGUGAACUGCAUCUGUUCAGAGAAUGGAAAUGUUCUCUGUAGCCGAGUUAGAUGUCCAAGUCUUCAUUGCCUCUCUCCUGUGCAUAUUCCUCAUCUGUGCUGUCCUCGCUGCCCAGAAGACUCCUUACCCCCAGUGAACAAUAAGGUGACCAGCAAGUCAUGUGAAUACAAUGGAACCACUUAUCAACAUGGUGAACUGUUCAUGGCUGAAGGACUCUUUCAAAACCGGCAAGCCAAUCAAUGCACACAGUGCAGCUGUUCGGAAGGAAAUGUGUAUUGUGGUCUCAAGACUUGCCCCAAAUUAACUUGUGCAUUCCCGGUUUCUGUUCCGGAUUCGUGCUGUAGGGUAUGCAAAGGGGAUGGAGAAUUGUCGUGGGAACAUUCUGAUGGUGAUAUCUUCCGGCAGCCUGCCAACAGAGAAGCAAGACAUUCUUACCAUCGCUCUUACUAUGAUCCUCCACCAAGCCGGCAGGCUGGAGGUCUGCCCCGCUUUCCUGGGGCCAGAAGUCAUCGAGGAGCUCUUAUGGAUUCCCAGCAAGCUUCAGGCACCAUUGUGCAGAUAGUCAUUAAUAACAAACACAAGCACGGACAAGUAUGUGUUUCCAAUGGAAAAACCUAUUCUCAUGGCGAGUCCUGGCACCCAAACCUCCGGGCAUUUGGCAUUGUUGAGUGUGUGCUAUGUACUUGCAAUGUCACCAAGCAAGAGUGUAAGAAAAUUCACUGUCCCAAUCGGUACCCCUGCAAGUACCCUCAGAAAAUAGAUGGAAAGUGCUGCAAGGUGUGUCCAGGUAAAAAGGCAAAAGAAGAACUUCCAGGCCAAGGCUUUGACAACAAAGGCUACUUCUGUGGAGAAGAAACAAUGCCUGUGUAUGAGUCUGUGUUCAUGGAGGAUGGGGAGACAACCAGAAAAAUAGCACUAGAAAAUGAGAGACAGCCUCAGGUAGAGGUCCACGUUUGGACCAUUCGAAAGGGUAUCCUUCAGCACUUUCAUAUUGAGAAGAUAUCCAAGAGAAUGUUUGACGAGCUCCAUCAUUUCAAGCUGGUUACCAGGACAACCCUGAGUCAGUGGAAGAUAUUCACUGAAGGAGAAGCUCAGAUAAGCCAGAUGUGUUCAAGUCGUGUGUGCAGAACAGAGCUUGAAGAUUUGGUCAAAGUUUUGUACCUGGAAAGACCUGAAAAGGGUCACUGUUAGAUGAGGCAGAGGUAUUGGAGAGGGUAAAGCAAGAAAACUCAAGCUGCAGCUGGACUGCAGGCUUAUUUUGCUUGAGUCAACAGUGCCCUAAAAACACAAACUCAAAUGUAGUUCUUUUUCACGCCAUGCACAGCAUAACUUGCUCCUUUAUGUGGAGUGGUGUGUCAGCCCUUAAACAUCUUCUGAGAGGAGACUAGAGAAGUAUUCAAUUAUUUGUGGAAGGAAUAGACAUAGAACAUCACAACGCUGUUCUAGUUUCUGGGAGAAUCACAUUUGUUGACAGGUCAAAGAGUAACAAAGCCUCAUGGUUUCCAUCAAGAAAGUAUUCCCAUGAAUGGAAGGGAGGGAAGUGGGAUUUCUGUAGUACAGUGAACAUAUUAUUGUGUAAAUUUUACCAUUUGAAUUUCAUGAUACCUUGUCCUACAACAAAUAAAUAAUGCCCCAUACUCAUAUACAUGUAGGUGUAUAUAUAUGUGCAUGUACUUAUGUGCACACACACACAAACACACACUACAUUACACCAUUUGUUUUUGAGGUAUAAACUCUAUCUUCCUGUCCAUUGCCAAGUAGUUUUUUAAUUGCUUGUAACUUGGAAGGUAAAUAGGGAAUUGUAUAUAGAUGGCUCUGCCCUAACAUCUGUGGUGGUGUUGAAGAAACCAAAUAUGGAGGCAGAGUGAAGAUAAAAAUACCAUUCUAUGGCCGUAUUCACUCCAAAGUGGCUAAUAACUCUUUCAUGAUACCAGUUUUUCUUUCUCCAUGAACCUAUGGCAUCUCCAUAAAGAUGUGAGAAUUAGGCUAAAUUUUCAGGAAUUAAAUUGAUAAUGUAUAAGAUAAUUGAUAGAAAUCAAUUAAACUCUUGUAUUAUAAAAAUAAAAAUCACCAGGAAAUAACUCUAUAUUCACUAAUUUUCUUGAGGUCAUAGUUAUUCAGUCCAAAACAUUUGGUUAAAAGAUUAAAUUAUAGAAACACCUUAAAAGGAAAAUUUUCUUUCCUGAAUUACAGGAGUCAAAUUUACUUUGCAAAAAAAGCUCAGUCAUCGUAAGUUUCUGAAUGCUUGCUCUUCAGCUAGGUUAUUUCUUAUUUGGGGAUUUGGGCAUUCCGAUAAAGAUCUUUAUCCUAACAUAUUUAAACAUUGUCUUCUAAUCCACCAGGUAUGGAUUUGAAUCACAGAUCCUAGAGAAAACUGCUCCAAAAAUGUCAGAGUGCAAUAAUAGAGCAUAAAUUACAUGUUCUGGGGUCUGGCUUUAGGAAUCAUCUUUGCAGAAAAACUAUAAAUUCUAUCUAGCAAAGAUCUCAAGUCUGCCUUUUAGAUUUAUCUCCUCAGAGGGACAUGAAUGACCUCUAGUGAGUACUAAGAAUUAUUAAGAACCCAUAAAUUCCAUAUUUCCCACUCCAUGACUAUAGAUGAGAGAAAUUUUUCCCCCUUAGAGUGUAUCACACCAAUGGGGAAAUGUAAAAGUUCCCUAUGACUUGGCAUAAAAGAUUCUGUUCUCAUAAAAUAGAUAUGGGGCAAGCCUCUGAACAGCCCUUCCACAUAUUUUCUUCUAAAAUAAAGGUAGAAUAUUCUCAGCUGAAAGACCACGGAGCAUGCAUUGUUGGAUAGGGAGUGUGAGGGAGAGGGUGGUAAAGUAGCUGCUGUCUUCUUCCCAGAGGUGGCAGUAUUUCCAUAAUGUGGGAAAAAAUAACCAUGUAACAAGAUCUUGAAGCAAAGGAGUGAUUUCCCCUUCCCUGAUGACUCAUCCCAAGCCUUCCAUUCCAGGUGUUCUCUGAAAGCUAAACCUUACGGGAACAUCCAGAGAGCUUCCCUAGAUAGACUCUUGCCCUCAUGUGCUGGGACACACCUUUAUAGAGUGAUGUGAGAAGCAGGAGCUGGGAAAUUAAGCUAGGCCUACCAGAAACUCUCCAUGUUUUAUAUUAUGUAGGGAGAAGAAGUAGGCAAAAAGAGACCAAGCAGCCUGCAGCUAGUAGAAUGAAUAUGGUUCUUGUGUAUUUAUUUGUAUUAUAAACACUUGGAACAGCAAAGACUAUAACAACAGAAGUCUAGCAGUUGUAGUUAUUUUAUAGUUAAUGCACAUAAAUGAGUAAGAGUAAUGUAACAGUAUUACCGUUUCACUUUUCUCACGGGACAGGUACCUAAGUAUGGUACUUAUUUAUGUAGUCACUGUAAUUCUAAAUUUUUAAAUUAAU